UGAGGGUGACGUGUUAGAGCGCGCGCGGAGUGACUGUUGCCGGGGAAGGGCUGCGAUGGAAGCGCUUUAUCAUCAAACCAACAAACAAGUCCAUGAGGUCCAGUCAUACAUGGGCCGACUCGAGACUUCAGACAAGCAGUCAGUCCAUUUGGUAGAAAAUGAGAUUCAGGCAAGGAUAGAUAAGAUCUUCAGCAACCUGGAACGGUUGGAGAUUUUUUGCAACAAGGAACCUCCGAACAAGCGUCAGAAUGCCAAACUCCGAGUUGAUCAGCUGAAAUACGACAUCCAGCACUUGCAGACAGCCCUGAGAAACUUCCAGCAUCGACGCUAUGCACGGGAGCAACAGGAAAGGCAGCGCGAGGAGCUUCUGGCCCGAACCUUUACCACAAAUGAUUCUGACACCACCAUCCCCAUUGAUGAAACGUUACAGUUUAAUGAAUCCCUUCAAAAUGCGCACCGUGGCAUGGACGAUCUUAUUGGCAGCGGAAGCAGCAUCCUACAGGGACUGAGGGAUCAGAGAAUGACAUUAAAGGGCACCCAGAAGAAGAUCCUGGAUGUUGCCAACAUGUUGGGAUUAUCUAACACAGUCAUGCGCCUCAUUGAGAAACGUGCCUUCCAGGAUAAGUACUUCAUGAUUGGUGGCAUGGUGGUGACCUGUGUGGUCAUGUUCCUGGUGGUGCAGUAUCUGACGUGAGCUUCCAAUGGCCUGGGAACCCUCUAGAGGACGGUGUCAGACUGCUUUCCUGCCUAGACUUCCAUUAUAACUGUGAACCUCCUGCCUUCUGGAUCAGUCAUGUUCUGUGCGUGGCUCCUGCAAGUCACAACUUUGGUGUCUGGAGGGAACCACUUGGUGACGAGAGGCAAAUGUUGUGCCAUGUGAUGCUCAGAUUUAAUGCCAGUCUUCAGUCAUGUGAUGGAACCAUUGCCUGUGUGACAUUUGGGGUUAGUGCCCCACAUGAAGCAUGUUUUCCUGCCCUGUGGACAUGUAACACGAGUAUCGUAAAAGGGUCCAGGCAUGCAUUUGUUGGAACUGUAAACACCUGAGAAGUGGCUGCCACAGUCGUGUUCUUCAAAACCAGGCUGUACAGUGAAUGCAAAUGGUUGCUGAGAAACAGCUGAGCUACAGGGGCUUAUUGGCUCUAGCCCAGUCUAGUGGGGGCGGGAUGGGUGGGAGAGGAUCAUGUUCUCAUAACUGUUGA